AUGGCCUGGAAUCAUUUUCUAGUAUCUUGCCUGCUUGGCUGGCUUCCAUCUACUAUGGCAAUUCCCAAUGAGAACAUUGCCCGAGCUCAUUCAGCGUCUGAUACCACUGCAAGCCAUCAUACUUCGAACUCGCAUAUUAGCAGUCUAACCACCAGCGCCCCUGCCGCCCCCAUCAGUGAAGCGCCAACUGUCAUCGGGGCUUUGAAUGCUAAUUCUGUUGGCACUGGAAUCCCUAACUUGGGCGUGGAUCCGGCAGCUACUACUUACCCCAGUGAUGGAAAUCUUCAUAGUCCUCAACCAGCUCCCUUCGUACCGGCCGGUGGUGUUGGAACAAAUGGAACGACUCCCGUGUACAACGUGAAAAGCGAUUUUGAUUUUGAAUCACUGGCUCUUGCGCUUUAUACCGAGUAUAUUGAGCUGGACGUGUUCAAUCAUGGCCUUUCUCGCUUCUCGGAAGCUGACUUCCUUAAAGCCGGUCUUAACGCAGAGGAUCGUUAUUUGAUCCAGUUCAUGGCUGAGCAGGAGAUCGGUCAUGCAGCUUUGCUGAGAAAUCUCCUAGGCCCUAAAGCACCUCGGCCAUGCAACUAUACAUUUCCGUUUAGGACUAUCCAGGAGUUUGUGGAUCUCUGUCAGAAGGUGACUCGUGUUGGAGAGUCAGGAGUCAACGGGUUCCUUGCUCAUCUUGAUUCUCGGGAGGCAGCGGCAUUACUGUCCCAGACGGUCACCACUGAAGGCCGCCAACAGAUGAUUUUCCGCCAAUUUGAGGGCCUCUUUCCGAUGCCGGUCUGGUUUGAGCCUGCAAUCCCUCACGCCUGGGCUUGGUCAUUGUUGGCGCCACUUAUCAAGUCGUGUCCCAGCAACCAGACCAGGUUGGCAUGGCAGAACUUCCCAGCAUUGUGGAUUCUAGAGCAGCCCAACCCUACUCGAGUCAAUGCAUCGGCUGGGCAUAAUGAAACCCUAGGCGCCGGUCUGAGUGUCUUGAGCAAUGCGAAUAUCACCAAGUCUGCCUCGUGCCUCAACAACACUACCGUUGGUGUUCAUUGCAAUCCUGCAAUUACCCACAACCGCACAACCCCCCUCUCCUACGCAGAAAACAACAUAACACUGCUAUGGGAGGCUCCGGGUAAGCUCGUUGGCCCUAAUGGAAGCUAUAUCACCUCGACUUCCGCUGGAAGCCCGAAGUAUGUCGCGUGGGUGACGCAGCUGAACGUGACCUACUCUACACUGGAUGUCUAUCAUCCGGGCAUUGGGACUACUGUUCAGCCGAAUAUGUCUGUAUUCCCUGGUGGUCCAGGCAUCAACAACACUAUGUUCAUUGCUGUUACGGAUUCAGAUCCUGUGCUGAGUCCUUUCAACAUCAGCGCGAUCAAUCCGCACGUCGUUGCAGGACCGGCUCUUUUCCAAGCUGGAUAA